ACCGAUUCCAGCCUGCACACGACCCCGUUCACCAACACAACAUGCGGACCUCCAGCAAGCGAUAGCAUUGGCGAUGAACCAUCCUGCUCAAUAUACUUUGUUACCACCUGAAGGAUGACGCUUCGAGUAGUGCCCAGCGUCCUGGGUAAGAGAGGGUUUCAAGAGCUCUGCGCGCGUGGCCCUCGACUCCCACUACUCGCAGCCUCCAGACGCUUACCUCACGUUUAUUUCCGCCAUUAUGCUACUCUACAAGAAGAGCAUGGAGGUGACAGCGGUCCCCCACCGGGAUUUAACGCCUCAAAGGCCAAACAAUCAUCCGACUCCUCUGCCUCAACGAAGCCGCAGUCUGCAACGAGCAACUCCAGCUCCUCCGAGAAUCCCAGUCCUUCUUCUGGCGGGUCCGCCAGGCCAUCACCAUCCACAGAAGGACCCUCCGAUUGGGAAGACCACCCUGAUCUAAGCAUAUCAAAGUUCUCCGAACUACCGAGCAGAGACUUUGGUGUCAACCAACACAUCAUCAUCAACGAGGAGUUCAAGGAAGCUCUAAGACAAAUACUUUGGAAAUUUCGUGCCCCUAUUCGCUAUGCCUUCGCAUAUGGAUCGGGUGUGUUCCCCCAAAGCUCUGGAAAGACCUCUGGAGAUUCCCAGCUUCAUCCUUCUCCUCCUGAAGCGAUAGUGAAGAUGCAGGAUGGUAACCAAAAGAUGAUUGACUUCAUAUUUGGGGUAUCUUACUCUCAACAUUGGCAUUCUUUGAAUUUGCAGGAGCACCGUAACCACUACUCGGCUGUUGGCUCUCUCGGAUCCUAUGCUGUUUCCAAAAUCCAAGACUCUUUCGGAGCGGGCGUCUACUUUAAUCCUUAUGUCACCGUCAAUGGUACUUUGAUUAAGUACGGUGUGGUCAAUUUGGACACAUUGUGCAAAGACUUGUCAGAAUGGAAUACGUUAUACCUUGCAGGCCGACUGCAAAAGCCGGUUAAGAUUUUACGCGACAACCCUGCAGUACGCCUGGCGAACCAGGUCAACCUGAUCGCUGCUGUCCGCACCGCUCUCCUUCUACUCCCCCAGGAGUUCACCGAGCGAGAGCUCUACACCACGAUCGCUGGCAUCUCCUAUAUGGGUGACCCUCGAAUGACCAUCGGCGGAGACGACCCUCGCAAGGUCGAGAACAUUGUCAAGCACCAACUCUCCAAUUUCCGCCGUCUUUACGCGCCCCUCAUCGAUAACCUACCAAACAUCUCAUUCGUCGACUCGGCAUGCUCGAACCAAGACUGGCUAGACGACCCGACGGUCAAUGCAAAGCUAGCUCAAAACAUGGACCCUGUCACGCGGGGCCAUAUGGUCCGCCGUCUGCCCAGCUCUUUCCGGCACAAACUGUACUUUGAAUACCAGUCGAAGUUCAACAUCCCCCGAGCAGAGUUCAUGAAGAUGCUCGAACAGACCAGAGACGAGGAUCCGGACCGCAUCCGAAAACGCGAAGGCGGACCAUUCGAGCAGCGGAUCGCUUCUGAUACGGAGGGUGGAGGGCUACGCGAGGAAGUUCGCCAAGUGAUCGAGUCUACGAUCCGUUGGCCUUCGUUCACGCAAAGCCUCAAAGGUCCGAUUACGGCUGGCUUCGCACGGAGUUGGCGGUAUGCGAAGGAGAAAAGGGAAAAGGCAAAAAAGGGGGCGCUCGCGAGACAGGAGGAAGAGGCCAAGGAGAAGAAGACUGAUUGAGCGGAAGAAUCAGUGCUUGGGUAGGGCUGGGUGACGCAUAACAUUUCUUGUGUAUAUCUAUAGCAGACUGGAUGAGACGCAGCUACUUUCCUGCCUCUCCAGAUUAUAUGACAAAAAUUCGAAUGAUGUUGGUGGGAUGGCCACGAUGGACCCCCAGCACAGUACGCUUGUGACCGAG